UUAGCCAAUUGGAAGGCUUACGGUUCAGGCGCGCUACUUGAAUAAGGAAGUUUCUUCCCUCUCCAUAACACCGCUGAAAAAGAAGUUGAUUUCCGUCAAAAAAAUGAGCGAGGAAUCCGGAGUAUUAACGUUUGGAAGCGAAGACAAUCUGCAUAAACAGGUUUUGGCCUCGUUUCUACUAUGUGACAUGACAGAGGAGGACCUGAGGCAAAACCCCAAGUUCUGUGAACUCUUGACCAGUCUCGCACAUCGUGUAGAUAAAACUGGACUCAGUGCCCCACUGAAAACUGAGGUGGAGAGGGCUAAGCAGAAACUGCUGCCACAGCGGCGACUCUGGCUGCAGUCCGAGAGCAUCCACAGAGCGCUUCAAGAGAUGAUCCAAGACCACAAAAUCAGGAAGCAUCGUGCCGGUGUGCCACCUGAUGAGAACAUGUUUUACGAGACCGUGGAAAAAUGCCUUCUUGUGGCCCAAUGUGCAAGACAGUUGGAUCCCAGCGACACCACCCAAAUGGACCGGCCUUCCAUUUUGGGUUUGAACCCCCAAGACGUCAUGGCGCUCAUGCCUUCUGAGAAAAAUAUGCAAAGAAUGAAGGAGCGUGUAUAUGGAGUGCUUGAGGAACAUCUCAAGAAAAAGUGUUUUAAUUUCCUCCUCUACUAUCAACCUGAAUGGGAGAAUCAUAGCGACUCCCUGAAUGACUGCAAGUUGUCUAAUCUGUCCGCACAACUGGACAAAGACAAAAACAAGGUUGAAGAUCUGAAGCAAAGCAACCGUGAAAAGACAGUUCUCCUCCAAAGGCAGACACAACUGUACCUUUCUGAGAUGACAAAAUGUAUCCAGCUCCUUCAGUCUUUCAUCCUGGAGACCCGCUUGAAGACACAGACCGAUUUGGACAGGAAGAAAUUGGGCUACUUUGAGGGCAAAUCCGAAUUAGUCUUGGAAACAAUCAUGUCUCAGUUGGUUGCAAUUAAGCUGGAAACGUACACAGUUGACUCGAUUUCUACCCACAAAGAAAUAAGAAAAAAAUUGGAGUCAGAGCUGAGAGCCUGCCGAGCAGAGAAACAGUCUUUGGAGUCAAAGUUGUCCUCUUUUGAGAUCUUGGGCAAGGAAUUUGAGGCCCUGGCUCAGCAGUAUGGCAAAUUACAAGAGCAAAUUGAAAUUCAAAAAUGGGCUCUGAAGGAAUUUACCAAGUACAAUGACAAGUGAUGAAACUCCCUAACCUGUUAACAAACAUUCAAAGGUAACAUCAUGAAAACCCUUCAAGAUGUUGACUUGUUUUAAUAUAUUUGUAGAGAAUUUGAGUCUUUGUAAUAUUUGUUCAUGAAGUUACACUGAAUACUUUCUCCCUGUUCCCCACAUUGACAAAAUAAACAUUCAAAAAGA